ACCUGGCUGUCAUUAUCCUGGAGGAGAUUGGUUCCCACUGCAUGAGAGCUUUGGCUGCUGUUGGUGACAUCAUGAUGGCCACUCCCUCGGUGUGCUCGUGGUUGUCCUCUAGGUGGCCGGAAUGGAUUACUGUCUCUCCAGUAGGUAGUUGGCACCUUCCAGUUCCGUUCCAUCUGCUCUCGCAGAUUCCCAACACUUCUAUUCUGUACCUUCUCAUUUCAGCGGCUAUCUGGGCAGCCUUUCCAGUUUCGUACAUUGUACGAACAUUCCAGGUACCCAUCCUUACUUUUGCUUUCAUCGAAAGAAGGCACAUCGGCUGACUGGCUUCCCGAAGGCUUUCACCAGCCUGCGUCAUUUCACUUCCCCGAUUCCAGCGAAAAGUAAGGCUAUUGCUUAUGUUUUUAGAAUUUUUAAUAUAUUUAUUCGUUGAAGUUUCUGUAGCGAUUUGGUUGUUUUACAGGGGUGGAGUUGCUAGCACCACGCCCCAACCCUCCCUCUUUACCCGGGCUUGGGACCGGCUAGAAAACUAGUAAGCUAGUAGCCUAGCAAGCUAGUAUCUGGCG